CUAUUUCCUCCAGGUGGUUUAUGAUCAGAUGCCCUGGUCCCGAAUAAAGGUCCUAGUGCGCUUCGAUAACGGGCAUGGAAUCUGUUUAUUGCAUGCACAAGGAGUGUAAGUAAAAAUAACGACACCUGGCCAGCUCAUCGACCUUUGCAUUCCCGGGUCAAAUUACGGCCAAGUUAUGCCGAAGCCAUCACAGCAACCAUAGCUAAAACACAGAAAUUGCACCUCUCCAUUGCGAAUCCAUAGAACAAUCCCCACAGGGUGUAAAUAUCCGUUUGUCAACAAACGGCCCGGCGCCCACGGAACAGAUGAUUUUGACAGCUAGCCCCUCGAACGGCUUGUCAACGCGUGUUGUCUCGCUGUAAACAUUAUGUAAACAGUUUUGUGCCGCAUUCGCGCACCGGUCGCACCCGCAAUUGCACGCAAAAUGGUGACGGUACCGAUUAAAACAUGCAUCCGAACACUCAGCACCACCAGCCGGAUGGACAAAUCGUUUACCAAGUGGUAUCGAAGUUUGUGGCAACCGAAAGGCAACGACGAACCACCGUACGAUCACAUCGUGCAGCUAGGCGAUCCCGUACUACGCGUGCCGGCCAAUGCGAUCCCUGAGAAGGAGCUCCAGUCCGCCGAAGUGCAGUAUCUGGCCCGGCAUCUUACGAAAGUGAUGCGAGCGUACCGGUGCGUCGGAUUGGCCGCCCCACAGCUGGGCCUAUCGUUGCGCGCCUUCGUGAUGGAGUUUAAGGACGAGCUGCGGGACCAGUACACCAAAGCGGACUACAAGCUGCGCGAGAUGGAACCAUUGCCAUUGACGAUUCUUCUCAACCCCGAACUGAAAGUGCUCAACUACGAAAAGGUGAUACACACGGAGGCGUGCGAAAGUGUGCGCGGCUAUCGGGCGGACGUGCCCCGGUACCGGGAGAUACUGUUGCAGGGCUUCGAUGCCACCGGCAACCGGCAAGAGCUGCGACUGAGCGGCUGGAAUGCCCGCAUUGCCCAGCACGAGAUGGACCAUCUGAAUGGGAUCGUGUACACGGACAUUAUGAAUCGGAAAAGCCUAACCUGCACCUGCUGGCAAGCGGUCAAUGCUAAGAGUGGGCGCAUUCAGCUAUCGUUUGCCAGCAAAUAAAUCGGCCACUUAUUAAGCAUGUGUUCA